ACCAAGGAAUUGUGGGACGUCAGUCUGUCCGUGUCCGUCCUUGUGGAGUCCCCUGACUUUUCAACUUAACGAAACACACAUUAGCCACCAUGUACCGACAACUUAUGGGCCUUCGGCAGCUUUCCAGGAGGACCAUCACCAGCAGUGCCCGCAGACAGAUUGAAAACACUGUGAAGGAGAAACAGAAACUGUUUCAGGAGGAUAAUGGUAUGCCUAUCCAUCUGAAGGGCGGGACAAAGGACGUUCUACUCUACAGAGCCACAAUGUCUCUCACUGUGUUUGGGGCUGGAUUUGUUGUGUACGAGCUUUUUAGUGCUGCAAUGCCCAAGAAGCCACAGUGAAACAUGUUUGGCAAAUGGUACUUUAUUGUCUGAUGAAGCAAUCAUGCGCAUGCUGUAUGUAAUUCAUCAACUCUCUGUUGUGCAGAGACCUAUAUCCUAUCUAAAAUAUCAGUAUAUUUAACACAUGAGAUCAGUAUUUAUUGAUUGUACAGAACAUGAGCUGCAUAUGAUAAUAUACUAAAUAAACAUCUCAAUAAAA